AUGGGUCGCACCAAGGAAGAUGCCUCGAUUGGUAUCAUCGGUAUGGGUGACAUGGGCAAAAUGUAUGCCCAGCGCCUCAGUGCCGCAGGAUGGAGGAUAAACGCCUGUGACAGACCUGAGAAUUUUGAAUCUUUAAAUCAAGAAUUCGCUUCUCAACAAGGAGUCACCAUAUUCCCCAAUGGACAUCUCGUUUCAAGAAUUAGCGAUUACAUCCUGUACAGCGUAGAGGCUGGGUCCAUCGACAAGGUCGUGGAACAGUACGGACCAUCUACCAAGCUCGGUGCCAUCGUCGGUGGUCAAACGUCCUGCAAAGCCCCGGAACUUGCUGCAUUCGAAAAACACCUACCUUCCGAUGUAGAGAUCGUAUCUUGCCAUUCGCUCCACGGUCCCAAAGUCAACACAAAGGGUCAGCCUCUGGUCCUCAUCCAACAUCGAGCCUCGGACGAAAGCCUCCAAUUUGUUAACAACAUCCUCUCCUGCUUCGGAUCUACACAUGUCUACCUCACCGGCGAGAUGCACGACCGCAUCACUGCGGAUACACAAGCUGUCACUCACGCAGCCUUCCUGAGUAUGGGAACCGCGUGGCAGGCCAACCAACAGUUCCCUUGGGAGCACGGACGAUGGGUGGGCGGUAUUGAGAACGUUAAGAUCAAUAUCACCUUGCGCAUCUACUCCAACAAAUGGCACGUGUACGCUGGCCUUGCUAUCUUGAACCCGGCGGCCAAGCAGCAGAUCCGCCAGUACGCCGAGUCCGUAACUGAGUUGUACAAACUCAUGAUCGGAGGACAUCGUGAAGAGCUCAAGCGUCGAGUCAAGGAUGCGGGAGCUUCGGUUUUCAAAGUUGGCACCGAGAAGCAGGAUCUUCUGUUGAGGGACGAUGUCCUAGACCAAUUCUCGCUGUCUAACCGACCGCGUGAGAAGGCGCCGCCGAACAGUCACCUCAGUCUGCUUGCGAUUGUUGACUGUUGGUCAAAGCUGGGCAUUGUUCCUUACGAUCAUAUGAUCUGUUCCACACCGCUUUUCCGUCUCUGGUUGGGUGUGACGGAGUACUUGUUCCGUAACCAAGACCUCCUCGACGAGGCACUUGAUACAGCCAUUGACGACAACACAUUCCGCUCCGACGAUUUGGAGUUCACAUUUGCUGCGCGGGCAUGGUCCGAGUGUGUUUCCUUCGGUGAUUUCGAGUCCUACCGUCACCGUUUCGAGAAUAUCGCAGAGUACUUUGCUCCACGUUUCCCUGAAGCCGCCACGCUUGGCAACGCAAUGAUGAAGACUAUCUUGGAGAAGACCACGUCCAACAACAAAUGA